CCCGCGAAAGCUCGGCCGCGGCAGUCGCGAGUAGCCAACUCAUCGAGCGGGUCGAGGCUCGCUCCGCGCGCUCCCUCGCCUGCGCGACGUGCUCCAGCUUUGUCUCUCUCUCUCUCUCGCUGCGUGUGUCGUGUGUAGCCCCUGUGCUGUGCCGUGUUGUCCCCGGAAGAGAGCGUCGAGGAGGAGGAGGAAGAAGAGCGAGGGGGAUGCUGCCGCUGCCGAGCUAGCGGCGCGAGCGCUAGUUGUUGCGUCGGGCAGAGUGCCGUGCGCCGUCGUACCUCGUGCGCUCCCCGUCUCUCUCUCUCUCUCUCUCUCUCUCUCUUUCUCUCUGUCUCUGCCUCUGUCGCGAGCGACGCUGCCCCCGUGCGUAUAUCGAUCGCGCGACCACGACGGUGGCGGCGGCCCGAGGCGCGCGGAGCGCUCGUCGUCGAGGAGGACGCUGUGAUGCUCGCCGCCUAGGCUCGGCCCCCUCGCAGGCCCGCAAGCGCAUCGAUCGCCCGCGGCACGUUGUCCAGCGGCCGCCGCGAGGAGUCGAACAGGUUAUGCCUCGCGCGAGCAGCGCCGCCGCCGGCCGCCGCAGAGGCGCAGCAGCGCAGCGGCCCCAGCGCGGGCUUGCCCGCGAGCCCGAGGCGGCGAGCCCGCUCCGGCGAUAGGAGCCCGCGAGAGUGCGACGAGAUGCCGGAGGCCUGCGGGAGACGCCACUGGCUGCCGCGCGUGCGAAGAAGAUAGGCCCCGAGGAGGACGACCCGCGCGCGAACGCACCCGAGCACGAGCAUGGAGGGCCGGGCGGAGGCUUAGAGCGGCUGCGAGAGCCCAGAGCACUCCGAGCGCCCAGAGAGGAGAGGAGAGCAGAGCGAGCGAAGCAGGAGGGAGAUGGCGUCGGUGGCCGCGUGGCUGCCGUUCGCCCGGGCGGCGGCGAUCGGGUGGGUGCCGAUCGCCACGCACCCGCUGCCCCCGCCGCCGAUCCCGAAGGACCGGCGCAAGGCCGACGACGAGAAGCUCCUGAUCAACGUGUCGGGCAGGCGCUUCGAGACCUGGCGCAACACCCUCGAGAAGUACCCGGACACGCUGCUCGGCUCGAACGAGCGCGAGUUCUUCUACGACGAGGAGUCGCGCGAGUACUUCUUCGACCGCGACCCCGACAUCUUCCGGCACAUCCUGAACUACUACCGGACCGGCAAGCUGCACUACCCGAAGCACGAGUGCCUGACCUCGUACGACGAGGAGCUGGCCUUCUUCGGCAUCCUGCCGGACGUAAUCGGCGACUGCUGCUACGAGGACUACCGGGACCGGAAGCGCGAGAACGCCGAGCGGCUGAUGGACGACAAGCUCAGCGAGAACGGCGACCACAACCUCCAGCAGCUGACGGACAUGCGCGAGAAGAUGUGGCGGGCCUUCCAGAACCCGCACAUCUCGACGGCGGCCCUGGUCUUCUACUACGUCACGGGCUUCUUCAUCGCGGUGAGCGUGCUGGCGAACGUGGUGGAGACGGUGCCCUGCGGCAACCGGCCCGGCCGGGCGGGCACCCUCUCCUGCGGCGAGCGCUACAAGAUCGUCUUCUUCUGCCUCGACACGGCCUGCGUCAUGAUAUUCACGGCCGAGUACCUGCUGCGGCUCUUCGCCGCGCCGAGCAGGUGCAAGUUCGCCAGGUCGGUCAUGUCCAUCAUCGACGUCGUGGCCAUCCUGCCGUACUACAUCGGCCUCGGCAUCACCGACAACGACGACGUCAGCGGGGCCUUCGUCACCCUCCGCGUCUUUCGCGUCUUCAGGAUCUUCAAGUUCUCCAGGCACUCGCAGGGCCUGCGCAUCCUCGGCUACACCCUCAAGAGCUGCGCCUCCGAGCUCGGCUUCCUCGUCUUCUCCCUGGCCAUGGCCAUCAUCAUCUUCGCCACCGUCAUGUUCUACGCGGAGAAGAACGUCGACGGGACCAACUUUACCUCCAUACCCGCCGCCUUCUGGUACACCAUCGUCACCAUGACCACGUUGGGAUACGGCGACAUGGUACCGGAGACAAUAGCCGGCAAAAUAGUCGGCGGCGUGUGCUCGCUCAGCGGUGUGCUCGUGAUAGCUCUGCCCGUGCCCGUCAUCGUCAGCAACUUCAGCCGAAUUUAUCACCAGAAUCAGCGAGCCGACAAGAGGAAAGCGCAGAGGAAAGCAAGACUGGCGCGAAUAAGGAUCGCGAAGGCGUCGAGCGGGGCGGCGUUCGUGAGCAAGAAGAAAGCUGCCGAGGCUCGUCUGGCUGCUCAGGAGAGCGGCCUGGAAACGGACGAGAACUACAGGCAGGAGGACAUUUUCGAGCUGCAGCAUCAUCACUUGCUGAGAUGCCUCGAGAAGACAACGGACCGCGAGUUCGUGGAGAUGGAAGUGCCGUACAACGGCGCGCCCAAGAGGCCGGGCUCGCCCUCGCCCCUGACCUCACCGGCACACAGUACCGCCUCGCGGGGCGGUCUUCUUCAGUCCUGCUGCGGUCGCUGUUAUCCGCAGCGUUAUCAGUCGAGGCAGUCGAAGGAGGAGCGCGGUGCCGCUGGUGGCUCGACGCAGACUCAUCUCCCGCUCCAGACGAGAAGCCAGCUGCGACGGCCGCACACGUAAAGUGACGGACAGACAGUCAGAGAAAUCCACAAAUACACACACACACACACACAGAGACACAAGAGAAAAAAACGCCACUCGAGCGAAUCAGAGGUAUCGAGUGCCAAGAAAUACACACAGAAAGUCGAGAAGAUUUUGCCGGCCGCAGGACGAGCGAAUACACACGCGACGAACGAAGAGAGACGACGAGGAAGAUAUACCGUCGACGGACAAACUAUAUAUAUGAUAUAUGCACUUCGUUGUGAAACGAGCGAGAAAAAGACGUUUUUUCCCGGUGCUGAUUGUAAGCAUCGACGACGAUUGUCAACGAGCGAGACAUUGAAGUAUAUGUGUGUGUGUGUGUGUAUAUAUAUAUAUAUAUAUAUAUAUAUAUAUAUAUAUAUAUAUAUAUAUAUAUAUAUAUAUAUAUAUAUAUAUACACACAUAUACUUCAAUGGAGACUCAUCAGCUCAUAUAUAUAUAUAUAUAUAUAUAUAUAUAUAUAUAUAUAUAUAUAUAUAUAUAUAUAUGAGCUGAUGAGUCUCCGGACGAGAUGGUGAAACGAACAAAUGAAUAAUUGAACACACAUUUCGCCUUGUAAUAUAAAUAACGUUAUACACAAAGAUGAGGACGAUGAGAGAGAGACACUUUUUUCCUCGAUCCUAGGCUAGCUAUAUAUAAAAAUCUAUAUGAUAGUGAACUUUUUCGGAAUCGUCCGGCGCGCGCGCGGCGAGUAAUAUCGUGUUCUUUAUCUUUUUUCGUUUUUUUUUUAAUGUAUAAUGUAUCAUAAAUAAACGACAUUUCAAACGUAUUAUACAUAAAUAUGAAAGAAAAUAAUUAAAUAAAACGUAAGGCAGAGCAAAAUAAUUCACAGAGCGAGAGAGAAUAUGUAUAUCGUAUGGAAAACGUAGCGAAUUGUUAAAAGGAGAGCGAAAGCGUAGACACGAGAUGCAUACAAAUAUUAACAAACACGUUAUAUAUAUAUAUAUAUAUAUAUACCCGUUGUAAAAUAGUGGCCUUUCGCGGUCUUUCGUAGCAGAUAUCGCCGCCGUGCACACGCAUCUACGCGCAUAUACGCCUGACUCUCGAGUGCAGCGCGUCGAUGAAAAAACCCUCUCGCGACGAGAACCAGGGUGUCUCUGCGCGUGUGCGUGUGCAAGAUUCACUUUCCGAAUGAAAGGGACAGAGAGAGUUUCUCGCUUCGCCUCUGACAGCAACAAUUUGGAUUAUGCGGGUGCGAAAGCGAAAAGAGAGUGUGUGUGAGAGAGAGAGAGAGAGAAAGUACCUCUGUAAAUUAAGUAAGAAGAUGCCCUCGUUCUUUCAAACUUCGCGCCUGCGCGCGAGGUUGUGUACUACCUAAGUGUGUCAAGUCGAGAGAAAGGGUCGUUAUGCAUGUGCACAUUACGUGGCUGGCGAGCGCGCGACGACUGUAUAUACAGACCGUCCGUCGCUCUCUACGUUUUCUCUCUCUGUUUGUUGCUGUUGUUAUUAUCAUUACGUCCACUUUCCUCACACACAUACACCUACUUGCCACAAAUCAAUCACUCGGACUUUUUCUGUCUACAACUUGACUUCUAUACUUGCGGAGAACGAUAUGCAUCGCGUAAUGUGCACACGCUUAACCCGACGAUAUACAUAUAUACAUAGAUUAUUAAAGGAAAGCGCGCAUAUAACAAAGGAUAACAAAGUAUAACACGACUAAAGGCGAAGGCGACGAUCGGAGAGUGGGUUGACGAUGGCAAAUAAAGGAGUUGAACAUUGUACAUAAUAUAUGAAAAAAAAAGUCGAGCGAGCCGUGAGAUAUUGUGGACGAAGUGGGCCCGCGACGUUAAAGAGUUUGUAUAUGAAUCGAGGAAUCAAUUCUAAAUCGAGAAGAAAAGAUACGAUUAUUUCGGCUCCGCUAUUUUUUUCCUCGGCUCCAUUAACCGCGACGCGCGAAACGAAAGAAGAAAAUCCAACUAGUCGGAGCAAGUCGCCCCUGUCGGCGGUCUCGUGUCUUAACGAUGUGAAAUAAAUGAAAUAAUUAACAUAUAGACAAAGUGAAUUAAAGAUACUAUACAUACGAUUAAUUUACUUAUAUAUUAAAUAAUGAAGAUAACAAAAAAAAACUCGCUUCCUCUUCCACAUUCCUACGUAACGUGUAAAGAAAAUAAAGAAUUAUCAAAUGAAUAUAAAUGAUAUAUGAUAUAUGAGAGAAAAAAAAGUAAAGUAUACUGUGUCGUCGUCGAUUUUUUAAACGAGUGCAGAUUAAGAGAGAUAAAUGAGAGAAAAAUAAAUAAAUACUUGAAUUAUACUUACCUAAGUGUCGUUUUAUGCUCAAUGAAUCGACGAUGUUCAAUUAGACGUAACGAAGCACGAGUGCGCUGUCGAGAUAUGCGUAUAUAAUGACUGAGUGCGUGCGAGAAAUUUUUCCUUUAACCGUAGCGCAUACUUAGUAACAAAGAUAAAUACAAGAAAAAUUAUGUAUAUGAUUAUAUAAGCAAGUGCGAGAGCAAAGAUGCGAAGCGACGACGAGAAUGGAAGCGUGAAACAAAGUGGCGACGCAAGCGGCAGAUUACACUUAUUUAUAUAUAUAAAUACAUACUUAAGCGAAAGGCAGUUUAAAGAAAUAAUAAUAAAAUAAACGAGAUGCUAACUAAUAACCUCUAAGUCCAAAAUCAUUGACUAGAAAUUCAGAAUAAGCAAACUAAUACCAAAAAGGGAGUACAUAAUUAAGAGUAUAUAUAUUUAACGAGAAUAAAAAACACUAAUAAAUUAAAUCGUCGGUGUCGUGAUUGUAGUUCUGUAUACCGUUCAAAAACUUGUAGCGCGAGGAAAUAGAAGCUGCAGCGGGAGAAAAUAACAACCGAUCGGUGAAGAAAAUUAACGCAGUCUAUGUAAUAGAGGCGGGAAAUUCAAAACGAAGCGAGAGUCGAGCCACGGAAGGAUUUAAGAAAAAAAAAAAAUAAAGAGUCUUUCAAUUUUACUACCGUAAACUGCCAAUUUUUUCGAAGCAAGAUAAAAAAAUAAACAAAUGUCGUACUUUUACGUGUGUGUAUAAACAGAGACAAAAAACAAAAUAAUCACAAAACAUGGGGGGAAUUUUGAAAAAUUGCGAAAUCACCGGCACGGAGAUCAUCGCGAGACGUCUGGCGUGACUCGCAGUAGAUCGAGUCCGCGUACGGUCGGACACACAUAUCCUUUAUCGUCGUUGAAUUCGUCGCGCACUUCCGUUCGAGCUGAAUUCGAAUUUUGCUUAUCGUUGAAUAGAAUCCAGUCAAUUCUCGGAAAGACGAGAAAAAAAAUAACACAACGCCAGACGCAGCCGCCGUUUCGUCGUCGUCGCGAGAUCGACUUUUGUUUUGAUAAGAAAACGCAAGCGAAAAUAUAAUAACCGUGUAACACGUUGCGGGGGGGUUUAAUGACACAAAACAUAUACUUGUAUAAAUAGUAAACUAUUAAAGGACACUAGCCGUCCACAGGCGCUGCGUCAAGAUGCCGGCGAUGAGGGUCAACGAGUCGACCUUUUCUUCUUCUUUCUUUUUCUAUUGCAAAGCUCACACCUUGUACACGUACUCUUACACACACAGACAACACGUUCAACUCGUAGGCUCUCGAUUCUGUACUGACAUGACUAUUCAAACAAUAGGAACAAUUCGGAUGUGAAAAUUGUAUCGAUUUUUUACCUAAUAAUUAAUAAUAACGAUAAUACUUAUACAUCGCCCUCUAUGAUUUCGAGCUGGUAGUUGGCAGCCUGAUUUUCUGCGCGAGCCCAUGCAUACACACAUUGUACACAGUACUUUGCAUAAGAAAAUACGAGUAAAGAGGGAAGGCAGGUUGUGUAGUCUAACGUCACGAGCUGAACAAUAGGACCAAAGUCACCGGCUGAUUGAAACGAGCGAAUAAGGGAUGAAUAAUAAGCGGAGGAAACAAACGGAAAAGAUGCUAUUGUGAAUACGAGAGAAUAAGAGCUAGGAUGCGAGAGAUGAAUAAUAAUUAUAACUGUAAUAAUUCUAAUAAUAACGAUAACAAAAAACACACAUACACACAUUAACCGUAGGUGCGAGGGAGGAGUAUUUGAAAUUAAGCAAAUGAGAAAAAAGGAACAAAAACACGCAAACAAAACAUAGCGUUAUCGCGGGAGACAUUUCGAGGGCGAGAACCGCUCUUUUGUCAAACUCUCCGUGGCGAGCACACAGAGCACAGAUUUAGGACGAACGAUUGUGUGUAUCGCAGGGGGAGUCUGUAAAUAAACUUUGACGAGCAGGUCUCGCGCUUUUUUUUUUUAUUUUUUUCCAGCACGAGGCACUUUUGUUGACAAUAAACAGUUUCACGCAAAUUCCGAUCGUUUGAUCGUUUUUCUUUUCAUUCAGCAGACACGCGACACACACACACACACAGACACAAAAACAGGCGAAAAAAUUAGAAACAAACUGACGAGUUGAGAAGCAGCAGCGAAGUUUCGCGUAGAUUAGCGGGGGCGGAGAGAGAACGACGACGAAUUACCGACGAGCGCAUGUAUAGACAGGUCUUAGCGAGUAUUACAAUAAGCGAGAGUGAGGAGAGGAGAGUAAUAUAUUAGAAUGAAGACGAAGAAAAAAUUAUUAUAUUAUCGCGGAGGAGGAGAGCACGAGGUGCGCCGUAGCCUUAGAGCAAAAGAGAAAAUAAAAAGCAGAAAAAAUCCUCUAUAAAGAACCCGUAUAGGAUAUAAUUUGCGUGCGAUAUACGUAUAUAUAUAUAUAUACAUAGACGAGACGAGCGAAUGUUGUACUUGCGCGUAUGAGAGAGAGAGCCAGAGCGUGUGUGUGUGUGUGUGUGUGUGCGAGUGAACGUGUUCUACACCUACUAGAGAAUUAAUGAAAAAUCAGUCCGAAGUUGCUACCGAUCGCCGACGUCGCGUUAUACGAUAUAUAAUAUUACGAGAGCUCGUUCUAAUGUACUCACACUCGCAGGAAGGAAGAGGGAGAGAUACACACGUGUGUAACCCGCGGCUUCGGACCAAACGAGAGAAAAUCUAUAUUUUCGAAGUACUACUAUUACUACUACUACUCGAGAGUUUAAAGAAAAAGAACGGAUAUAAUAUACGAAAAAAACGUACGACGGCGACGGUUGAUCCCUUUAUUAUAUACGAUGAUAUUUAAUAUAUCGAGAGAGCUGCGCGCCGGUCACGGAGCGGAUUGCGGGGGCCGAAAACUCGAGAACUCGCGCGACGUUGCGUAGAGCGGACGGGUCGAUGUUUAUUAUGUUUUUUGCGAGAAAGAGAGAAAAGCGAGGCGAGAUUGAUGUGUGAGAGCGAGUGAGUUGUACUCGAGUCGAUCGUGGAUCGAUCAUCGAUGAGAGAGAGAGAGGCGAAGCGCAUGCGCGAUUGUAUUAAACUCGACGGACGAUUAUCGACGACGUCAUAUAUAAGGGAGAAAAAAAUGAGAAAUGAAAAAAGGGCAGAACAGAAAAGUAUAUUUAUUAUCAAUGCAUAUAUGAACCGAUGAGAUGAAUAUAUGAAUGAAAUAAUGACAAAAUAAAGUACUGUCUUUAUUCA